CAGUAGGGAGUGGUGCAGCAGUAGGGAGUGGUGCAGCAGUAGGGGGUGGUACAGCAGCAGUAGGGAGUGGUACAGCAGCAGUAGGGGGUGGUAAGCGACUGAUGCAGCAGCCGAUACACAAUCAGCAGGAGGGAUUACAACGGCGGGACCGUAGUUAGUGUCGAGCGUCAGCGAGUUAUAACUGCAGCAGUAGGAGCUAUAGCAACUACACGGUACAACAGCAGCAGCAACAGCAGCAACAGCAGGAGGAUUUGUCACGGCGGUGACACCUGAAGUAGGAGCUGCAGCAGGGAUGCAGCAGUGACAGCAGCGGCAGCUGCCGAAGCAGCUGCGGCAGCAGACCCCGCAGCAUCGCCGACUGCAGUACCAUCGGCAAUUGCCACGUAAUCGCCGAUGAUAACAGUCUCAGUAUUAGUGUCGGCGACUACAGCAGCAGUAGUCGACGCCGCAGCACGAGGUGCAGCAGUGUGGCAGGAUCGGCUAGAACAGGCGAAGUGGCGUCAUUAAGUAUCUGCAGCAGCAGCAGCAACAGUCGCGGCACGCCAGACGGCGGCAUUUAGAACUGCAACAGGGGGGGGGAUGGAUGGAGCGAGCAGCAGUAGCAGCAGCAGUAGCGGAGGCAAGAGAGGGAAUCGUCAUCGCUAACAGCGGCAAGUGGCAUCAUUGAGGGCGACAGAAGAAGGAGCAACCCACCCACCACCGAGCGAUAUCUGAACUAUAAGUAGCGGCGAAGUCACCUCCGGCGCUUACAGCGGCUGCACCACCUGUAAGUGUGGUGGUGCUGCUGCAGCAGCAGCAGUAGCAGCAGCAGCAUCGUGUUUGACGAUCCGCAGCAUCGCCGUCAUCACGCCCAGCUAAACGAAAGAGCAGCGGGCUGAGAGUGUUUGUCAAACGGCAGGAGCGGGAGGAGUCUGCAGCUUCAGCACCCCCGUGCACAGCCAUCUGCAGGGAAUUGACAAACACCGCCACCAACCAACCACCGCCGUCGUCGUCAGCAGCAUCGGUACCAACACAACCACAACAACCACCACCACCACGAUCAUCACCACCGCCAUCAGCUGACACACAAUGGCCAGCACGCCGGACACCCCGAGCCUCAGCCCGAGACGCGAGACCACAGCGCUCGGCCGCUUCCCUGCCACGCACGGCUCCGACAGCGCCGCCGCCGCCGGUGGCGGCGUUGCGGCGGCGGCUGCGGGGGCCUCCUCCUUCGACUGCGCCCUGAUGCCGGCCGCCGGCGGCUUCGGACGGCACCAGAAGCUGCACUCCGUGCUCACCUGGCUGCCCUACAUCUUCGUGGGCUGCGUGCUCUGCGCCGACGCCUUCAACAGCGCGCCCCCGGACAGCUACCGAUGCCGGCCGGACCCCGCGGCCUUGCCGGCGAACGCAUCGGACGCGCAAGUGUGGCUCUGGCUCACGCGUCGGGAAGCUCGUGGCGGUCAGCAGCAGCAGCAGCAGUACCUGCAGCAGCAACAGCAGCAGUACCUGCAGCAGCAGAUGAACGGGGUUGGUGGUGGUGGUGGUGGCGGUGGCCCGCACUGCGCACGUGUUCGCUACGGUGUGGCCGCUGGGGCUGCUGAGGCCAACGGGACUGCGGUGGACACGAGGGAAGAGUGCACGGCGUGGGUCUACAGGGUCAGCCCCAGCCAGCCGGGGCUGCGGAGAACCAUCGUGACCCAGUGGGACCUGGUGUGCAAGAAGUGGUGGCUCGUGCCGGCUGAACGCCUCGCGUUUAUGGUCGGCUAUGUCGUCGGCUGUGUGGCCAUGGGAGCCCUGUCUGACAGGCUGGGCCGCCGCUGCGUGCUGCUCAUCUCGCUGGUGCUGACGUCGCUGGUGGGAUUCGCGAUGGGCCUCUCCAGCGGACCCGUCAUGUUCACCGUGCUGCGGCUGGUGCAAGGCCUCUUUCUCCCUGGCGUCUUCCUCUCCCUCUACCUCAUCCUGAUCGAGAUGUGCGACCCCCCGCGCCGGCUCAUGCGCUGCAUGAUGGCCAUGGUGUUCCUGGUGGGCGGAGAGAUGGUGCUGCCGGGGCUGGCCCUGCUUUGCCGUGACUGGGCCGUGCUGCAACCCGUGCUGGCCACGCCGCUCGUGCUCUCCGUCAGCCUGGCGUGCGUGCUCGGUGAGUCCGCGCGCUGGCUCCUCGCCACGCGCCAGGUGGCGGAGGCUCGCGCUGCCCUGGAGACAAUUGCCGAGCGUAACGGCGCUACCGAGGACGAGGAUGUGGCCCGGCGCAAUGAUGCUUUCCAGGAAAUCGAGUGCGCCCUGGAGUUUGCGUCUAAACCGCGUAAGCACAACGUCUUGGAGCUGUUCAGCACGCGCAACAUAUGGAAGAACCUGCUCAUCCUCUGCUUUAUCACCUUCAUCGGCAGCGGGCUGCACCUGUGCUUCAUGCAGUACCUGCGCGACUCGGGCCACAGCUUCUACGCGCGCUACUACAUGAUGGCGGGCGCCGCCGCGGUCGGCUGCCUGCUCACGUGCGUGGCGGCCGAGCGCAUGGGCCGGCGCGGCACGCUGCUUGCCUGCGUCAUCCUCAUGGGACUCGCCAGCCUCCUCCUGCUGGCGCUCACGCAGUACUUGGUGCCGGAGCUGGUGCUGGCGCUCACGCUGCUCGGUCUGGUGGUGUCGCACGCCGCCGGGGGGCUUGGCGUGUUCGUGGCGGCCGAGGUGACGCCCACCGUGGUCCGCGGCGCGGGCCUGGGCCUGGCCGCGGGCUGCGCGUCGCUGGGCCGCGUGUCGGCGCCGCUCGAGGAGCUGCUGACGGAGCGCGGCUCCUUCCUGCACCACGUGGUGCUCGCCGCGCUCGACGUCGUCGCCCUGCUCAGCGUCAUGUUCCUGCCCGAGAGCCGCGGGCACCCGUUGCCCGAGAGCCUGGACGACGGCGAGACUUACCGCCAGCACCUGCAGCUCUCCUCCGCACCCGGCGCGUGCGGCGGCGGCGGCGGCGGCGUCGGCGGCGGGGGCGGCGGCGUCGGCACCGCCGGCGUCGAUCGAGCCGCUCCCAACGGAGGCGGCGGCGGCGGCGGCGGCAUCAUCGGAGACGGCUGCUCGCCCGCCGUGCCGUCCCUGCGCACGGCGUCGCGGCGCAAGCGGGACAAGGUGCCGCUGCUGAGCCAGGCGUCGGAGGCCGGGAGCUACGCGUCGGCGCGGUCCGACUCGUCCGAGCUGCGCGACAUCACCGCGGGAAUUGACUUCUGAGCGCGACGGUAAAACGGGCUCGGUCGCCGCCGUCACCGCGCGACCGGCGGUGGCGGCGCGCGUGGGAAUUGCGAUGGGAGGAAACGAACCGGCGACGGCGCCGGCGGGAUUUCGGUGUGCGAAUCGAGCGCCGAGGAAUCGUAAUGCCGGCAUAAAAACCGAACUGGCCCCGGUUGAGUUCAACAGAUUGCGUCGCGAGGGUGAUGUGCGAUCGCAGUAUCUUGCCGAGAGGUUUACUUCUUCUCGUAACUGCAAGGCUAAUGCUGUUUUUGAUUAUUAAUGGUGAACUCGCUUUGCCAUUGUUACAAGGUAGUACGCGUGGGCGAGUAUGAACCGUUCAAGUGUGGUCCUGCGUUCGUUCACAUUGGACUGCAAGCCGACGGUGGUUUCGAGUUCGAAUAAAUGAAAGUGGUUGCAAGUCGACACAAAAUAAGUUCUGUUCCGCCAGGAAGUCUGCGAGCGUGGCAGCCUGGUAACUGCUCUGCUAGCUUAGUAACUUCCUUUUUAACAGUGACAAUUAAGAGCGCUUUGUUACAGUAUGAAAUAAUACUAAUUGUCAUCGGAUUCGCUAUGAAAUUUUAUUCUUCCAAUAUUGUUUUUCCGGUUCAACAAUAUAUUCCGCAUGUACGUAACAUAUAUACAGAGUUCAAGCCAUUAUUUGUUUGAAGCUAGCCGAGUGACAUUUGGCGCUGGCUGUGUGGGUGACGUGGAGUUGGGUGGAGGGAGAAGACUGGCUAGUUAGAGACAAGGCCGGAGUGUGAGGGAGUGUGAGGGAGUUUGAAACCAGCCAGAGAGGACAUCUAACGGUGCUCGUUGGAUAGAAGAAAUGUCAGCCGUUAUCGAUCAAUUCAAAACGUCGCUCUUUCAACUGUUCACUGCUCAUUGCUCACGUCUACGUAUAUUUGGGGCAAUGUAAGGGUAAUAAUAACAUGAUGAGACCGCAAUGAUUAUAUAUAAAAAUUAAAUAAUGAAAUUACAUUGCUUUUGUAAAGUCAGAU